GAUGUCCUGCCUUGCCGUGUGAUUCAACCUGUUAUUGUAGUACAACCUCGCCUGGUUGAACAUCAGAAAGCCUGCACUUCAAGCCUCCCGAAACGUAAAGCGACAAAGGACAAAAUCGUCACAUCUACUCUUCUAUUCUGCAAGCCACCCGGGCCCGCCCACAAUGCACAUCUCACGCGCCCUCCCCGCUGUCCUCCUCUGGUUCCAGGCUGUCACCGCGGCCCCGUCGCCGCUGGAGCGGCGACAGGCCAGCGUGCUCAAGGGCGCCAUCAGCAAGGUCAUGGGCAACCUCAAGACGCUUGACACGGCCGUCCAGGGUUUGGACGGGUCCAACCUCAACUCGGCCGCGCCGCUGCUGGGCGCGGUCGAGGGCACGCAAAAGUCUCUGGCCGAAGCCUCGGCCACCAUCAAGGGCGCCAAGAGCUUGGGCUUAUUCGAGGCCAUCGGCAUGCUGCAGCCGGCCAACGACCUGACGGCGCAGGUGCAGAAGACGCUCGGCGACCUGACGGCCAAGAAGGCCGUCUUCGACCAGCUGGGCGUCUCGCCCGCCGUGGCCGAUGCGCUCAAGCAGCAAAAGGCGGCGUCGGGCGAGCUGACGACGGCCAUGUUCAGCAAGCUGCCCGGCAUCGCCCAGGGCCUGGGCGGCGGCACCGCCGACAAGCUCAACAAGGCCGUCGACGACGCCAUCAAGGCGUUUGAGGCCCCGCCCGCCGCCGCCGCCCCGAAGCCGGCCCCGAAUCCCGCGUCGCCCGCUGUUCCUGCCUCGCCUGCCGCUCCUGCUUCGUCUGCGCCCGCCCCGGACCCUGCGUCCCCGGCUGCUCCCGAUGUUCCCGCUGCUCCCGCUUCGCCGUCGACCCCCAGCGCCCCGAACACGAGCUCCAAGGUCCCGGCUCCGUGCCCUUGA